AUGAAUUCUCAAAAUGGCUACGAUACUCAUCAACAGCAACCGCAACCUACCGAUGAGAAUGUCACAGAAGUUGGAUGGUACGUUCUCGGAGAGAAUCAACAACAAGUCGGUCCUUACGUCUUCUCAGAGGUGCGCGAGCAUUUCUUAAAUGGCUACUUGUCAGAGAACACACUUUUAUGGUCUGAAGGAAAAACUGAGUGGCAACCUUUGUCUUCCAUUUCUGAGUUGUGGGAUGAAAUUAACCGUCUUCGAAUUGGACCUGAUUCUUCUUCAACUGCGGUGCCUGCUGAUGCUGAGGAUGUUGACGAGUUUGAGAAAUGGCAAAAGGAGAUUAAGGAGGCAGAGGCACAAGUGGAAGGUUCAGAAUUAGGGACCUUUUCCGCUGAUGUUGUUGUUGGUGGUGUGGCAGAGGAAGACUCUGAGAGACCUUCUACACCGCCUGAUGGUGAAGAGGAGUUUACUGAUGAUGACGGGACUAUAUAUAAGUGGGACAGGAAUAUUAGGGCCUGGGUUCCGCAGGAGGAGUGUACUCCUGGUAGUGCCUUGCCUUAUGGGGUUGAAGAGAUGACCUUCUUGAAAGAAGAGGAAGUUUUUCCGACAGUACCUGAUUCCAAUGCCUCUAAAAUUGUUGAAGAUAGUUCAGAAUUGAAUGUUUCUGCAACUUCCUUAAAGGAAGAAAGCAAAGAAGAAAAUACUGAUACGGUAGCUGAUAGAAAGAGGAAGCUUUCAGAUAAACCAGAAGAAAAGAAGGAAGCUAAUAAACCUCCUGUCAGUUGGUUUGAAUUAAAGAUUAAUACACAUGUUUAUGUCACUGGGUUGCCUGAGGAUGUCACUAUUGAUGAAGUUGUGGAAACAUUUUCCAAGUAUGGAAUUAUAAAAGAGGACCCAGACACCAAACGACCUCGUGUUAAGCUUUAUGUUGAUAAAGGGACAGGAAGGAAAAAGGGAGAUGCUCUGGUUACAUAUCUUAAGGAACCAUCAGUGGCUCUGGCAAUCCAAAUUUUGGAUGGUGCGCCUUUUCGGCCUGGCGACAACACUCCGAUGUCUGUCUCCCUGGCUAAAUUUGAGCAGAAAGGAGAGAAGUUUGUAUCCAAGCAAGUAGACAAUAAAAAGAAGAAGAGAACGAAAAAGUUGGAAGACAAAAUGCUUGGAUGGGGUGGUCGUGAUGAUGCAAAAAUUUCUAUUCCAACAACUGUCGUCCUUCGCUAUAUGUUCACUCUUGCUGAAAUGAGGGCUGAUGAAAAUUUGCGCAUAGAACUUGAAGAAGAUGUUAAAGAGGAAUGCACAAAGCUUGGACCUUUAGACGCAGUCAAGGUAUGCGAGAAUCAUCCUCAGGGUGUUGUUUUAGUUAAAUUCAAGGAUAGGAAGGGGGCUCAGGCAUGCAUACAAUUGAUGAAUGGAAGAUGGUUUGGUGGCAGACAGGUACAUGCCAGUGAAGAUGAUGGUUUAAUAAACCAUGCCACAGUCCGAGAUCUCGAUGAAGAUGCCAAGCGAUUGGAGCAAUUUGGCGAGGAACUUGAAGGUGAAUAA